CGCGCCCCAGCCGGUACUGGGUACCUGCCAAUUCUUGACCCAGCCAACCUUACCUACCCUCACAGUCACCUCUCCUCCCUCUCCGCCCGCCCAGCUCCCUCAGCUCAGCUCUCUUCACCUCUCGCCGCCUGCUCCUUUCUUCCACUCACUCAAUCCAAUUCACCGCAUCGCACGCACCCGGCCACAAGGCACUGUGCAAUCAGCUUCGGCCUAUUACAAGCGCGCGUCAUCCAUCCGUUCCCACGUCGGCCUUACCCCCCCGUCUGCAUCGCCCAAACGUGCGGGGUGAGAGACCUAGCUGCAACGUACCUGCCCCCAGAGCACCAAUAGCCCGUCGAGGCUGCCCUCCAACUCGACCACUGCUGCGUCGCUGCAUCACUGGCCACACCACUGCGACCAGCUUCCCGCUCCUCCUGUUGUUCUCGCCUUUCCUGCGCCCGCGCCCGCUCGACGCCUUUGUGCCGCGCGACUCUGCCAAUUACGUUAGCUCUUCCGUCGCGGUUUGCAGCUGCUUCUCUGUCCCGCCUGCUGCAACGCUGCCCGCUCCGACACCUACUGCACCCUGUCCGACGUGGUCUCCUUGUUACCGUCUCGGGCCGCGUCCUCGAAACGCCUACGAGGCAUUCCUCGUCUCGUUUGUUCAUACCAGAGCUCCAGCACCGUCGACACUGAGCUCGCCUCUCUCGUACGACUGCUCCUCCUCCUCCUCCUACAUCCUCGCCGUCAACCCCGCGCAACAUGCUGUGCCGAAGCAUCCCUCGCCAUGCCGCCGCGACCGUCGCUCGGCCCAUCGGCGCGCGACCCCUCACCACCACGGCACUGCGGCGGUCCAAGACGCCCUCCAUGGGCGACAUCGAACCCUCAGCGGCGGCAGUCGGCUCCUUCAACAGCAAGCAGCACGCGUUUCGAGAGAAGCUUGUGGAGGCACAGAGACAGCGGGGAGCACGUGCGUUGGCCGCCCAGAAGUCCUCUGACUCUUCGUCCGACCAGAUGGGCCAAGGCUCAUCCAAGAAUGACGCAGGAGCAACCGCCGAAGCCAAACAAAAGGAGACUGACCGCAAGCAUGGGCCUCUCUCCAACCUCAUCUACGGCACCAAGGAAGGUCGCGAGAUGGAGGCCCAGAUCCAGGCGAGCUUCAGUCAGGUUCUCGCUCGUGGCAAAUAUGUCCACUCGAUCGUCUUCCACGAGGUGAAGCCCGACAAGGUGGACGAGUACGUCGAGCUCGUCGGCAAGUGGUAUCCGCGGAUAGCCAACGCGCCAGAUAAUAAGGUUCAUCUGGUCGGAAGUUGGCGCACCGAGAUUGGCGACUGCGACACCUUUGUGCACAUCUGGGAGUACCAGAAAUACGCAGGUUACCACGAGUCGCGGCAUUCCAUUACACACCACCCUGAGUUCGCCGAACUCGAUGCCAAGCUCAAAACUAUGAUCAAGUCCAAGAACAUUUCGCUGAUGCAAGAGUUUUCUUUCUGGCCGACAACGCCCCCGCGGCAGUUGGGAGGCGUCUUUGAGCUGCGAUCGUACACACUGCACCCCGGAAACCUCCUCGAGUGGGAGACGCACUGGCGUAGGGGCCUCAAGGCGCGCCGGGAGGUAAUGGAGGGAGUGGGUGCCUGGUUCGUUCAGAUAGGAGACCUGAACACGGUCCACCACCUCUGGCAGUUUGCUAACUUGGAGGAGAGGCGGGAGCGGCGAGAGAAGAGCUGGUCGGUCGAGGGGUGGAGCGACACGGUUCACAAGACUGUGCCUCUUAUUCAGAGCAUGAAGUCGAGAAUCCUGAUCCCCAUGCCCUGGUCGCCUGUGGCAUGAGACUGGCAUGGUCUUGCUAAGUAGACUUUCGACUUUGCAGUCCUUGGGGCAUUUGCAGCGGCAUGCGCAAUGGGAGUACUCUUUUGAGCACAAUCAGCGGCCCGUGUUGAGCUUGGAAGCAGCAUCGUGCGAGGGGAGACUGCUUGCUGGGCACUGUGGGAGGCGAUGAGAAGGGGCAGCAGAUGUGUGGACGCUGACGCAGAGGCACAAGCAUAGCCAUUUCCUUUGUCGAGAGUGCCUGCGGAACACUUGUAUAACCAAUGUCACAAAGCCUCGGCUAACCGAGACCUGCCCCAGUGUAUGGAAACC